CGACGGAAGGAGGACGGCUGGGGAGUCGCAGCCCGGGAUUGUAAAUAAGACCGUCUAAACUGUGUUUUAUUUACAAAAGUGAUGCCGGCUGUUUUAGAGUACCGUUCCCAGUUGUUUUAAGUCGUUUUUCCUUAUUUUUGGCUCUAUUUCUCGCCUAUUUCCGUGUGGUUUUACACUACGCGUAUAAUGGCGAGCUCGGCAAACUCGAACCCAGUGCCUAAACUUUAUAGGUCUGUGAUUGAGGAUGUGAUCAGCGAGGUUCGAGAGCUGUUCCUGGACGAGGGAGUGGAUGAGCAGGUGCUUCUGGAGCUAAAAACGCUAUGGGAAAACAAACUGUUGCAGUCGAAGGCAGUGGAGGGCUUCCACACGGAGGAGCAGGUUGCCCUGCAGGCCGCUCAGCAGCAGCAGCAACAGCAGCAGCAGGUUCAGCAGGUCCAACAAGUCCAGCAAGUCACCCAGCCAGCACAGGCCCAGCAAGUCAUCCUGCCUCCUCAGCAGCAGCAAGCUCCCCAGCAGCAAGUCAUUGUUCAGGAUUCAAAGAUUCUUCAGCACAUGAGUGCAACAGGGAUGAGUGCAGCAGCAACUGCAGCAACCCUCGCUUUGCCCACAGGAGUCACCCCAUACCAACAGCUUAUCACCAGCCAAGGUCAGAUUCUUCAGGUGGUGCGUGCUCCUAAUGGGGCUCAGUACAUCAUCCAGCCCCAGCAGCAGAUCCUCCUGCAGCAGCAGAUGCAACCUGGUGGUGUGCAGCCCCCCGUCAUACAGCAGGUUCUAGCUCCUCUGCAGGGAGGCCUUCCCCAGCAAACAGGAGUCAUCAUCCAGCCGCAGCAGAUUGUUUUAGCUUCAGGAAAACAAGUGCAAGGCAAUGCACAGGUGAUGCAGGCAGCAGGUAUGGCACAGCAGCCCGGACAAGCAACAACAGCAGCUCUGGUGCAGCAGCUUCAGCAGGCCCAGGGUGCAGCUGCACCACAGGCCCCAGCUCAGCCACAGGCCCAGCAGCAAGCCCAGCCUCAGGCUCAGGCUCAGCCUCAAACCCAGCAGCCGCCCAUGAUGCUGCAGGUGGAUGGCGCGGGGGACACCUCCUCAGAAGAGGAUGAGGAUGAGGAGGAGGAGUACGAUGAAGAUGACGAGGAGGAGAAGGACAAGGAUGGGGGAGAGGAUGGGCAGGUUGAAGAGGAGCCUUUGAACAGUGGAGAUGAUGUGAGUGAUGAAGAGGACCAGGAGCUGUUUGAUACAGAGAAUGUAGUAGUGUGCCAGUAUGAUAAGAUUCACAGAAGUAAGAACAAAUGGAAAUUCCACCUGAAGGACGGGAUCAUGAAUCUGAAUGGGAGAGACUUUGUCUUCUCCAAAGCCAUUGGGGAUGCCGAAUGGUGAAGAAAAAAACAAAAAACAGACAAAGUGACAGCAGGAGCAGGAACUCUGUAACUCCUUCUAUCCGGUCAACAGACUCUUCAGUACCCUUCCAUAUCCUGUGACUGGAUUCAUUUCAGGAAAUCUUUUCUGAGUCUGUGAGAACUCUGGUAAACCCAAAGGACUGUGAGGUACCGUGAAAAAAAAAAAAAAAACAGGGUGUCGUCAAAAACACUCCACCGGCCUUGCAGGCUGAGAAACCUACAAGGAAGGGGAAGUCCUGUGAGCAGAGUGUUCUUGUGAUUUUUGUUUUUUCAGGCUUCUCUUACCUUUUUUCCUGAGAGAAUUCAAAUGUUUGAAAAGUAAGCAUUUCACAUCGUACAGGUGUAGUGGACCAGGGCGACCCGACCUGCCCUGUUGCAGGAGGCCGGACGUCAUUCAUUAGGACCCUGUAGAUGAAUAACACCUUCACGAUGCACUGUAGUCGGUUGACUGGAUUGACAUGCGUCUACAUUUAAGUCUAAACUUAGUGCCACCAGUCGAGAUCGCUGCCUUUAGAACGGCCAGAAUCACCUUUUGGCUUCUUAGUUUUUGUUCUUGGAUUGUCUUGAGUCAUGUUCAUGUCAAAGGUGCUCCAGAGUGUUUUAUGUAGUUUAAUAACCUGUUCUGUUUUAAACAUUUUUAAUCAUGUUUGGUGUAGGGUUAAGACAAAGAAGGUAAAGUAACAUUAAUCCUAAAAUAAUUACUAAUUGUCUGAAGGCAUUUUUUUUAACCUUUGGAGAGUGCUGUAUCCAAAAAUACCAUUUGAUUUCCUAAUCGGCUUCUCUGGAGCUUCAUUCCAUCUUUUUCCCAAAAUGUAACAAAAAAAGGAAGAUCCAACACUGAACUCAUUAAUGAAUUGUACAAAAAUGUCUCAAAGUUUAUCCUGUUGGUGUAUCUUCUUUGCUCUUAUUUUAGUUCUCUGCAGCCGUCUGAAGAUUUGCACUGUCAGUUUAUCAAUGUGUUGUGAAAUCAGUCAGUUGCGUUAAUCAAUAGCCACAGAGUGCUCUGUUCUGUUCGUGUGCGAGAGUGAGUGAUUGUUCUCGUGUGUAUGGUUGCGUGUGUUCUCACAGCUUUUUUUGUGAAUGUUAUAGUUUAAUUUCUUGCACACCCCAUAAUCUCAAAAAUAGAGAUUUCCUUCUCUUCUUUUCAGUUGGGGAAAGAUGAAGUCCCCCCAGUUUUUUUUUUUAAUUUAUUCCUAAAAGUUAACAACAUGCUCUAUUUUUUUGAGAAGUUGGAAAGCCGCACCAAACUGUGCUCUUAUAAUCAAAUAAGUGUUCCUUUAUUUUCUGUUGGCUGGACAAAGCGACUUUCUGCUGUGUUCCAAAUCAUUUCGUCCACCAUAUGUUCUCCUGUGCUUUCAUUUUAUUCAUAACUUUUAAAUGAAAAUAUUUUCUAUCGAAGUGAGUUGAACUCGGGGCCCGUGUGUUUCUCUGCAGUUUGUUUUUAGUGCCCCUGUUGCAGCAAUUUGAAAUAAAGUACGUGUUUUUGA